GGACUGUUAUCACCUGUGCAUGUGUUGUGUGUUGCAAGGGUGUGUUGUGUGCAUGAGCGGUGUGUUGGGCGCCUACUGCUGGGAGUCGGCCCACCGCCGGUGUGCGGCGGCGACGCCACUGGAUCCCGAUGGACGAGUCGUCCUCGCCCGAGUGUGGCUUGCCGGCAAAGUAUCAGAAACUCGCCUACGAGUACUCCAAGCUACGUGCGCAAGCUCAGGUCUUGAAGAAGGCCGUGGCAGAUGAGCAAGCCAGGAAUGUUGAAUUCAAGGUAAGCAGAAGAUUCAUUGUGGCUGCAGUGUGUCACCAUUUUUUGAAUAUGAUUUACAGGAUGUCCCUGAAGGACAAAGAGCAAGCAAUGCGAAAGUUGCUGCAGGAAGUUGAAAGCCUCAAUUUUUGCAACCAACAGCUAACAAAGCGCGUCAGCUUCCUCCAAGAAGAACUUGAAGAAGACCGCUCGAAGAAGACCAAGCAAAAGAAACAGCAUGCUUCUUCGGUGCACCAGGGCAUCAUUGAUGCCGAGUUGCAGAGUCGCAUUGAAGAGAAUGAGAAACUGCACUUACAGGUGUCGGCAGCAGAGUUGGAACACAGGGAGACAGUUGAAAAGCUAGAGGCGAAGCUUGAAGAGGUGCAGCAGGUUCUUGCCACUCAUGAAGAUCAACUCAGCGAUGCAGUUACUAAAAGGGAGGAACAGAUAAACAGGCUCACUCAGGAACGGGCUAAGCUGGAGCUGAAGUUGAAGUCAUGUGAAAAGGAGCUGAAAGAAGUGUCUCUGAAGAAUGAACUGAGUGAAUCCAAGCUUGCCGAGUUGACAGUGAGGCUUGAAAAAGAGCUACAGGAGGCCAAGACCAUUAUAGAGCAAAAUGUUCACUUCAGAGAUGCCGGUGACGAACGCGCCCCUGGGAUGGACGUGCCCGUGACGUGGCAUUCGUAUGAGAGUAGUGUGCGUUCCCUUCUGUGGCAAUUGGCUGAGCUGGUGCCGGAGCUGAGCCAGACCCUGUCUACGUUGCACACGUACGCUGAGCAGCGCGUGCGCCUCCUCCUCACUGGUGCCAUCUGUGGACUGGACCCGCAACUAGCGCAGGGCCCGCUACAGGUGUUUGCCCAGCAUCUGCAUGGAAAUGUGGCGUACCUGCAGCCCAUAGAAGAGGCUUACCAGGCCUACUUUGACACCAUUUGCCAACGAGAAUUGUACAUCUUGGACGGUGGCCCCACGCUAUCACCCUUGUCGGCAGCGCUUUGCAGAUAUGUCUCUUACCUGCAUAAGCUUCUGCCCUAUGUUGCACUCAGCUUGCGAGCCGGGGCCAGCUCGCCAACUUCGGAGGUCAAGUGCCACGAGCUGCGAGCAAAGCUUGGGCACGUCGUCAACCGCGUUGUCAUCAAAUUCGACAAAAUGAGCCGGUACCUGCUGUUGCUUUCAACAAAGGGUUGUGAGCCUGGUUCGAAUACAUGUCGUUGUGCUGGGUAUCUGGCUGUUGUUGGAAAGCUGGUUGGCAUCACCAAAUGCUUAUGGGACGAUUUUGAAGAGGUCAAGAGGCAGUUAAGUUCUCUCAUGCUUUUUGAGCAUGAGCUACCCACUGUGUCCCUGGAGGCCAAGAACACAGACGACUGUCUGGUCAGCAGCCUAGCAUCUGUCGCUAACAGUUGUAAAAAGCUGUCACGAGCACUCGAGGCCAAGGUGUUGCUCUCCAAGGAGGCGUACCAGUGCAGGGGCUUCUCUUCCCACACGAAGCCACCACUGUGCAAAGCACACCUGGGGCCACAUGCAGCACUUCUCAGGCAGAGGGGCGCAGCCUACCUCAGAACAUGUCAGCUGUACACGAAAAGCCCUGAAUGUGUUCCUUAUGGCAUUGCAAUUGAGAAUUCUGGAGCCCUCCAGAGCCAUGUGGAAAAUAAGGAGUCCUUUGCCCAGCAGCUUGAAAGCCUGAAGAACAAAGUUUGGAAGCUUGAGGAGGAGAAGGAGCACUGGAUGCUGGAAUGGCAGCUGUUGCAAGCCAAGUACGAGAGGCAAGCCAAGGACGUGUUGCCGGUGUCUGGGCUAAGCCAAGGUGAAGGUGAUGGUCACGACGGCCAGCUGAUAGUGGAUCACUUCAAGGCACGCAUCAAGGAGAUGAUCCGACAGAACCAACUGGCCGAUAGCAAGGCUGUCUAUUACUACUCAGAGUGCAAGGCUCUCCAGAAGAGGCUACACUUGGCUGAGGAGCAGCAACUGGAGCUUGAGAGGCAGCUCCAAGACAAGCAGCUGGCGCUGCAGCAGCUCAGGGAUGAGAUGCGUUCAACGGCACACAGUUAUGAGGAUCAGCUAAGCACAAUGAGCGAGCACCUGGCCAGCAUGAAUGAGAAGCUGACUCAGCAAAAGGAUGAGAUCGAUGCCUUGCGCCACAGUUCGUCCUCAACCAAGGUGUUUGGGAAAAAGCUGAAGCCAAAGUGAAAAGCAUUUCCUGGAUGCAAGAAAGACCUGCUGGCUCCAAAAUGGAUUUGUCGAAGCACUGUAAGAGGAAGCAUUCCAGAGUACCGCACCAUGAAGGGGAAAGGACUUACUUGAAAUGGUUGCCUGCCCAGUUCCCACCCAGUGUCCAAACUGUGGCCAUUCCAGUCUUCUAAUGGUGUGACAUUGCUUGAAAUAGUAAAUGCUCCCGGUGUCUUGUUUUAUUAUUGUUCUUGACUGGGAUUGACAUGGCCUGUACAAGUACUUUUUUUUUAAUGUAGUUGCUCGUCAUGUUUCAUGCUGUGUGAUGCAAAGGAAACAGAAGACAAGUGUCCAAUAAGUAUUCACUGUUGAACAUUGUCAAAUACUUGGAUGUUUUUAGUAAUGUAUUUUAAGUAAUACAGGGUGCUUUGUGUUCUAUGAAAGCCCGUCUGGUUGGAAUGAUGCAUGUCGAAGGUAUAAAACAUGAGUAGCUGCGCUGACAAAGGUGAAAAUUUUAAAUGCACACAUGAAAAAACGUUUUCACUCCAGACUGGAGCCUUGUUCACAAGUAAAGUAAAAAAAGAAAAAAAAUCUACAUUUAAAAUUACAGAUAAGAAAUUUUUUUUAGAAAUCUAGUAAAAUAAAAAAAAAAUAAUUUUUCAA